GAUUAGACAACGAGAAAUCCUGUAGGGUCUUACAGUAGUGAUUAUGAUGAUGGUGAAGGGAGUGAGGGUAGUGAAAAAAAUAGUGUUGAUGGAGAUAAUAAUCCCUUGUUCGUGCUAUUUUGUUCAAGGUACAUUUUCGUAGAGCGGUAUGACCUGCGAACAAUAAUAAAUAAGGUUGGAUCUUUCCCAACAAAGAUAUCUGUUAGAUCAAGAAUGGCCGCAUACCGAGAAUUUAAUAAAAUUCUUGUCAACCAAUAUUUGAAGAAAAGAUUCAAGCAGUCCAUUUUGGACACUUGAGAAACUUACCGCGACAUCUUAAAUUCAAUGGGUGGAUAAUCCAUUAUUUAUUGUUGUGAAGUGUUAAGAACGAUAAGAUACGUCGUGAGAUGUGGUUUUUUGUAAACAAUAAGCUUUCUUGUUUUGUCUUAAAGGAGUUUUGUUUGAUCACGUGGUUGAGCUUCUCAUCAUACCCUAGUGAAUCAAAAAUGAAGAAGCCAUUAGAGAAGGGGGAGCAUUUUUGGUUUAAGGUGACGAAAAAUAAAAACAUUAUAGUAAUCAACUUAUUACAGUUGAUUAGAGGGAAUAAGCUGAAUGAGGAUCAGAAAUUCAAGUGUUGUUUACUGUGAUUCUUGCAUACCAUGUUGCUUGUAAGAUAUUCGACGAAGGUUAUCGACAUAAAACUGAUUCAAAUGGUGGAUUCUUUGAGUUUCUUCGAGAGUUAUCCAUGGGGAGAAGAGACAUUUCAAUUGAACAUGUACUAUCUAAAGAAGAAAAGUGACUUAAAGAAGUAGAGGAAAGUAUUUGAUGAGAAACAGAAGACAUCAUGUGCUCUAUUCGAAUUUCCCUGGGCAUUCAUGAUUUAAAUCUACGAGGCCUUUCUUCAUCUUGAAAAAUUUGCUGGAAAAUUAAUGGAUGAGUCCUUUCUCAUUCCCUCCAUCCUCAGAUGACACACUACAAAAAGUGACAUAUAAUCAAAGGCGAACCAUUCAAGUAUUAAGAAAAAUUUAUCGAGAACGUGCACCCCUACAUCAUCCUAUUAUUCGUAAGACAAAGAUGGAUUACAUGGUUACGUUUAAUCCAUAUACGGAUGAGGUAAAAAAUAAUGUCCUCGAUGGCUUAAAGAAAGAUUUACAAGGGGUGACUGUCCAUACUUCAAAUGGGGAUAAUGAUGAUAACGGAGAUUUGGGUGGUAACCCCGUUAGAGUAUGCAUUGGUGAUGAUGCUUCUCCAAGCACCUCAAAAGUUAUAGUGGACACCUCCGUCAAUGUAGAUCUUCAUAAGUGUGUUGCUAUGCUCGAGAAAGCCUUGUUGGAUAUUGCUGCCUAUAUUAAAGAGAAAAGACUGAAGAAAAAAAUGACGAGCAACAACAUGAGCGAGUGCAUGUGGGCCUUCGUGGAUCGGAGAGAAAUGGAGAGGGAGGAAAAAGGAGCAAAAUGGAUGAGUUGGUUACUAUUGUGGUAGGAGAGGAAAAAGAAGAAGAAAAGAAGG